AUGCCAAAUUCUCUAAGUGAUCGAACGGUUAUCGAGGAGGAAAGCGCUCUGUACGAUGACAUUCUGCAAUUCGAUUUCGACGAUACUUAUCGGAAUCUGACAUUGAAGAUAGAUGAUAUUUUUAUUACUGGAGUUCUUCGCCAAGCAGCUAAUGUCAGCAUUACGAACAUGGACACGAUUUCUGGAAACGUACAUUAUCCAAAAGACCGCCCCUAUGGCAAAAUUGCCUUUCUCACGGAGAAGAAAUAUGUCCGCCAUUGGUUCUUUGGAUAA